AUGAUCAGUGUUCACGCGUCGACACUGCAAAACAACAACGUGCUUAUUGAUUCCAGUUCCAAUAUCAUUGAGGCUAAGAUGGGUGAUGGUGUAGUUGAAGAGACGGUCGAUGUUUCUGAGCAUGCGGAACACGCGGAAAACAGCAGCGGCAAAGUGGAACCGAAGAAGAAGAACGAGGAGGUGGAGCUAAAACAAGAGGAAAAACUCGCAAAGAAGCGGAAACUAGAGGCUGACAAGGAAUCGAAAAAGAGAAAGAUGGAAGAAGAACGAGAGGCAAAGAGGCGAAAAGUAGAAGAAGAACGGGAGGCAAAGAAAAAGAAACUUGAAGAGGAAAAGUUGGAAAAAGAACGCAAGAGGGAGGAAGAAAGACUCGAAAAGGAGAAAAAGAGGGAAGCAGAAAAGUUGGAAAAGCUUCGAAAGAAGCAAGAGGAGCUGCAAGAAAAGGAUCGAAGGAAAAAGGCGGAACAGGAGGAAAAAGAGCGCAAGAGGCUAGCAGAUCAGGCGGAGAAAGACAGGCGGCGGGAAAUGAAGGAACGGGAAAAGCUCGAGAAAAGGGCAAAACUCGAAGAGGAGAAACGGGCCAAGGAGCUCGAGAAGCUAGAGAUGGAGGAGGAGAAACGGAAAGCUCAAGAGGCCAAGGACCGUAGCCAAAAGAAAAUUUCAAGUUUUUUCCAAGCGGGACCGAAAAGGAAAACCCCCGAGAGGGGGGUGCUGCAGGAAAACAAAGAGGUGUCCGAAGGCAAGACCGACUACGAGUGUGAUUUCCUACCGUUUUUCGUUCAAGAAAAUGUCGUUUUCAAAAAACCGAAAACGCGGUUUUCAAUUGAAACAAGACAGUACUUGGACAGUUUGCUCCAACUGGAGAGUGGCGCCGCGCCAGAUUUCCACUCAUAUUUGAGCCAGAAGCUGCACUUGCUGCAAAUAAACAACGGGUCGAUGACGACGCCAGAGUCGCUAUUGACAGCCUUGAACAUGCCUACAACCACAGAGCUGUUGUUGAACCAAAUGAUUUCCAACCUUCCCCCGAUCAAGUAUAUCAGUUUCUACGAAAACUCCAAACCUCCAUAUGUCGGCACCUGGCACUCGGAGAAACACCAAGCUCAAAUGGGCGAGAUUAUAUCCAACCCGUUGGACGUGCAAACCACUGGAUUUGACUAUGACUACGACUCGGACUUGGACUGGAACGAGGACGAGCGAGAAGGCGACGAAAUCGACGAUGAAGAGGAGGACGAGGAGGAUCCGGCGUCGGCAGAUGAGGACGAUGACGAAACGUUCAUUGAACAUGACGCCGAGACCAGCACCCGCAAUCUAAAGCAGUUGGUUGUCAUCAACAAGUGGAACGAUGAAAGCAACAAGCAUUUUUUCGAUGCCUACUCCACGGUGAAUCUAAUUGCGGAAGACAAGUUGAAAUGCGUCUAG